GCACUCUGGGGUCGGGGAGGAAAGAGCGCCCUCUUCUGGUGGGAACUCGUGGGCAGGGAGGCCCUGGUGAGAUGACGGUCACCAGGCCUGGCACCCACUUUCCCCCUGCCCAUCUUUGGCCGCUCUCAGGCCAGCUGUCAGCUGCCUCUCCCAGGGGUGUGAACUGACGAGAGCUUCAGGUGGGAGCCUCUCCCGGCAGUGAAUCUGAGGGGUUGGGAGGGAUUUCCGGACCCAGAGGGAAGAUAUUUUGGGGCUGAGGGCCUUUCCAGAACCCAUGAAGUCACACACUGUGCUGCGGCCAGACUGACCCUCCCUAGUUGAUGGUUCUUUUUUGGACAUCCUAGGCCUGCUUGGGGUUCUGGCCCCACGAUUUAGGGUUUCUUUGGAGCCCAUCUGAGCCUGGGGGGCCCUGUGAUGGUGGAAGAGGUCCAGCCUGCGGUGGUGAAAGAGGGAGCCAGCGCCGGCAGCCACCAUGGCAUCACGCAUAGGGCUGCGCAUGCAGCUCAUGCGGGAGCAGGCACAGCAGGAGGAGCAGCGGGAGCGCAUGCAGCAGCAGGCUGUCAUGCAUUACAUGCAGCAGCAGCAGCAGCAGCAACAGCAGCAGCUCGGGGGGCCGCCCACCCCGGCCAUCAACACCCCCGUCCACUUCCAGUCGCCACCACCUGUGCCUGGGGAGGUGUUGAAGGUGCAGUCCUACCUGGAGAAUCCCACAUCCUACCAUCUGCAGCAGUCGCAGCAUCAGAAGGUGCGGGAGUACCUGUCCGAGACCUACGGGAACAAGUUUGCCGCCCACAUCAGCCCGGCCCAGGGCUCUCCGAAGCCCCCACCAGCUGCCUCCCCAGGAGUGCGAGCUGGACACGUGCUGUCCUCCUCCGCUGGCAACAGUGCUCCCAAUAGCCCCAUGGCCAUGCUGCACAUUGGCUCCAACCCUGAGAGGGAGUUUGAUGAUGUCAUUGACAACAUUAUGCGUCUGGACGAUGUCCUUGGCUACAUCAAUCCUGAAAUGCAGAUGCCCAACACGCUACCCCUGUCCAGCAGCCACCUGAAUGUGUACAGCAGCGACCCCCAGGUCACAGCCUCCCUGGUGGGUGUCACCAGCAGCUCCUGCCCUGCGGACCUGACCCAGAAGCGAGAGCUCACAGAUGCUGAGAGCAGGGCCCUGGCCAAGGAGCGGCAGAAGAAAGACAAUCACAACUUAAUUGAAAGGAGACGAAGGUUCAACAUCAACGACCGCAUCAAGGAGUUGGGAAUGCUGAUCCCCAAGGCCAAUGACCUGGACGUGCGCUGGAACAAGGGCACCAUCCUCAAGGCCUCUGUGGAUUACAUCCGGAGGAUGCAGAAGGACCUGCAGAAGUCCAGGGAGCUGGAGAACCACUCUCGCCGCCUGGAGAUGACCAACAAGCAACUCUGGCUCCGUAUCCAGGAGCUGGAGAUGCAGGCUCGAGUGCACGGCCUCCCUACCACCUCCCCGUCCGGCAUGAACAUGGCUGAGCUGGCCCAGCAGGUGGUGAAGCAGGAGCUGCCUAGCGAAGAGGGCCCAGGGGAGGCCCUGAUGCUGGGGGCUGAGGUCCCUGACCCUGAGCCACUGCCAGCUCUGCCCCCACAAGCCCCACUGCCCCUGCCCACCCAGCCACCAUCCCCAUUCCAUCACCUGGACUUCAGCCACAGCCUGAGCUUUGGGGGCAGGGAGGACGAGGGUCCCCCGGGCUACCCCGAACCCCUGGCGCCAGAGCAUGGCUCCCCAUUCCCCAGCCUGUCCAAGAAGGAUCUGGACCUCAUGCUCCUGGAUGAUUCACUGCUACCGCUGGCCUCUGAUCCACUUCUGUCCACCAUGUCCCCCGAGGCCUCCAAGGCCAGCAGCCGCCGGAGCAGCUUCAGCAUGGAGGAGGGCGAUGUGCUGUGACCCUGGCUGCCCCUGUGCCAGGGAACAGGGGCCGGCCUGGGGGCUGGGAGGGCUGGGGGCACCUCCCUCCCACCCUUCAGGCUGCACUGUGUGUGAAGUAGCCACCUGCCCUGCCUUCCUCCUCCCUGCUGGCCCCUGUUUGGACUUAGUGCCUGUCUGGCAACCUGUGGGGUCAGGAGAAGCACCCCCAGGGCAGCCCUCUUGACUGGCCCAGUGGGAAGAGGCCUUCAGCCCCUCUCCCGGAGAUGGAAUCGUGGGGCAGUGAGGGGCAGGGUGUUCUAGAGGUGAGAAGAGGGCCUGGUGGAGACCCCCUGUCUUCUGAGCCCGACCCCUCAUUACCAGUGAAGGACAUGCUGAAGGGUUGGGGAGACUCCUUACCUGAGGCAACUGGUCCUGGGGGUGCCCAGGCCUGCCUUUCUGGGACUCAGAUGGCAGGAGGUCCGCCCCGCAGCCUGGUCCUCGGCCCUCCCACAGGUGGGCACCCCCCACUUUGGUGCUAACAGCUCUCCACCAGGUGGUGUGAGCGCGGGGGCUGCCAGAAGCGGGAGGGGUCACUGCCGGAAGAGCAGCUGCCCUCCGACCCCCCACUUUGUGCCUUUAGUAAACACUGUGCUUUGUA